AUGUCGGCAGCGUCACUUAUUCGAGCUCACCCGACUCGAGAACCAGGGGGCAAGCCGUCGAGAAAGAGCGAUUGCUCGAGUGCAGAGGCCUCCGACGACUGUACCCGCUGCCUCGAUGUUCCGAUCUCCCGCGAUUUGCUUGGAGCAGUAACUGAGAGAUACAUCAAUACACAGUCACCUUACCUGGCAGCAGUCAGCAAGACUCUAUCGUACGCAGACAUCUUCUCCAGCAGUCAGCAAGAGUCUAUCGUACGCAGACAUCUUCCCCAGCAGUCAGCAAGAGUCUAUCGUACGCAGGCAUCUUCCCCAGCAGUGAGCAAGAGUCUAUCGUACGCAGACAUCUUCCCCAGCAGUGAGCAAGAGUCUAUCGUACGCAGACAUCUUCUCCAGCAGUCAGCAAGAGUCUAUCGUACGCAGACAUCUUCUCCAGCAGUGAGUAGGAUUCUAUCGUACGCAGACAUCUUCUCCAGCAGUGAGCGAGAGUCUAUCGUACGCAGACAUCUUCUCCAGCAGUCAGCAAGAGUCUAUCGUACGCAGACAUCUUCCCCAGCAGUCAGCAAGAGUCUAUCGUACGCAGACAUCUUCCCCAGCAGUCAGCAAGAGUCUAUCGUACGCAGACAUCUUCCCCAGCAGUCAGCAAGAGUCUAUCGUACGCAGGCAUCUUCCCCAGCAGUGAGCAAGAGUCUAUCGUACGCAGACAUCUUCCCCAGCAGUGAGCGAGAGUCUAUCGUACGCAGACAUCUUCUCCAGCAGUCAGCAAGAGUCUAUCGUACGCAGACAUCUUCUCCAGCAGUGAGUAGGAUUCUAUCGUACGCAGACAUCUUCUCCAGCAGUGAGCGAGAGUCUAUCGUACGCAGACAUCUUCUCCAGCAGUCAGCAAGAGUCUAUCGUACGCAGACAUCUUCCCCAGCAGUGAGUAGGAUUCUAUCGUACGCAGACAUCUUCUCCAGCAGUGAGCGAGAGUCUAUCGUACGCAGACAUCUUCUCCAGCAGUCAGCAAGAGUCUAUCGUACGCAGACAUCUUCUCCAGCAGUGAGUAGGAUUCUAUCGUACGCAGGCAUCUUCUCCAGCAGUGAGCAAGAGUCUAUCGUACGCAGACAUCUUCUCCAGCAGUCAGCAAGAGUCUAUCGUACGCAGACAUCUUCUCCAGCAGUGAGUAGGAUUCUAUCGUACGCAGACAUCUUCUCCAGCAGUGAGCGAGAGUCUAUCGUACGCAGACAUCUUCUCCAGCAGUCAGCAAGAGUCUAUCGUACGCAGACAUCUUCUCCAGCAGUCAGCAAGAGUCUAUCGUACGCAGGCAUCUUCUCCAGCAGUGAGCAAGAGUCUAUCGUACGCAGACAUCUUCUCCAGCAGUCAGCAAGAGUCUAUCAUACGCAGACAUCUUCUCCAGCAGUCAGCAAGAGUCUAUCGUACGCAGACAUCUUCUCCAGCAGUCAGCAAGAGUCUAUCGUACGCAGACAUCUUCUCCAGCAGUCAGCAAGAGUCUAUCAUACGCAGACAUCUUCUCCAGCAGUCAGCAAGAGUCUAUCGUACGCAGACAUCUUCUCCAGCAGUCAGCAAGAGUCUAUCGUACGCAGACAUCUUCCCCAGCAGUCAGCAAGAGUCUAUCGUACGCAGACAUCUUCUCCAGCAGUCAGCAAGAGUCUAUCGUACGCAGACAUCUUCUCCAGCAGUCAGCAAGAGUCUAUCGUACGCAGACAUCUUCUCCAGCAGUCAGCAAGAGUCUAUCAUACGCAGACAUCUUCUCCAGCAGUCAGCAAGAGUCUAUCGUACGCAGACAUCUUCCCCAGCAGUCAGCAAGAGUCUAUCUUAACCUCCGUGCUGCUUGUCACAGAGAAUAACAUGGCCCUGGCCCUGGCAUUAAAGGAGAAGGUGAAACCCAUGGCUCCCUAUUGUAUCGUUGCUACAACGGGGGCAGAAUUUGACCUUCGAACCCUGCGCGCGGUGAGAGUUCUCCGACCGUUGAAGUUGGUGUCUGGAAUUCCAAGUUUACAAGUUGUGCUGAAGUCCAUCAUGAAGGCAAUGAUCCCCCUACUUCAGAUUGGGCUGCUGCUGUUCUUUGCCAUCUUGAUGUUUGCCAUCAUUGGGCUGGAAUUUUACAUGGGCAAAUUUCACAAAGCCUGCUUCGACAGCAACACCAAUGAAAUUGUGGGCGAGUCUCCUUGUGGUACUGACUUGCCAGCUCGCAUAUGUCCAGCUGGAUCUAACUGCACUGAGUACUGGGAAGGACCAAAUUACGGAAUCACCCAGUUUGACAACAUCUUGUUUGCUGUCCUCACCGUGUUCCAGUGCAUCACCAUGGAGGGCUGGACUGACCUUUUGUACGACAGCAACGAUGCCUUGGGGAACACGUGGAACUGGUUGUAUUUCAUCCCCCUCAUCAUCAUUGGCUCCUUUUUCAUGCUGAACCUUGUGCUUGGUGUCCUGUCAGGGGAGUUUGCCAAAGAGAGGGAGAGGGUGGAGAAUAGAAGAGCGUUCCUGAAACUGAGGAGGCAGCAGCAGAUCGAAAGAGAGCUCAACGGCUACUUGGAGUGGAUUUGUAAAGCAGAGGAGGUUAUCCUGGCAGAGGAGGAGACAGAUACGGAGGAAAAAUCACCUUUUGAUGCCAUGAGAAGAGGAACAAUAAAAAAGAGUAAAACUGACCUGCUGAAUCCUGAGGAGGGUGAAGAUCACCUGGCAGACAUCUCCUCUGUAGGGUCUCCAUUCACAAGAGCAAGUAUCAAAAGUGCCAAACUUGAGGGUUCUUCAUUUUUCCGUAAGAAGGAAAGACGCUUUCGAUUCUUUGUCCGACGGAUAGUGAAAACUCAGGCCUUUUACUGGACUGUCCUCAGUCUGGUAGCUCUCAACACUCUGUGUGUUGCGAUUGUGCAUUAUAAGCAGCCAGACUGGCUCUCCGACUUCCUCUACUAUGCAGAAUUCAUAUUCUUAGGACUCUUUAUGUCAGAAAUGUUUAUAAAAAUGUACGGUCUGGGCACAAGACCCUACUUUCAUUCUUCUUUCAACUGUUUUGAUUGCGCGGUUAUUAUAGGCAGUAUUUUUGAAGUGCUCUGGGCUGCCGUCAAGCCUGGCACCUCCUUUGGCAUCAGUGUCUUACGGGCACUGAGGUUACUCCGGAUAUUCAAAGUCACAAAGUAUUGGGCUUCUCUCCGUAACUUGGUGGUUUCCCUCCUGAGCUCCAUGAAGUCCAUCAUCAGCUUACUGUUCCUGUUAUUUCUCUUUAUUGUUGUCUUUGCCCUUUUAGGAAUGCAACUCUUUGGUGGCCAGUUUAAUUUUGAGACUGGCACACCCUCCACCAACUUUGACACAUUUCCUGCAGCAAUAAUGACUGUGUUUCAGAUCCUGACGGGUGAAGACUGGAACGUGGUGAUGUAUGACGGUAUAGAAUCCCAGGGUGGCGUCAACAGAGGGAUGAUUUCCUCCGUCUACUUCAUCGUCCUGACUCUCUUCGGCAACUAUACCUUACUGAAUGUAUUCUUGGCCAUUGCUGUGGACAACCUUGCCAAUGCACAGGAGCUGACAAAGGAUGAACAGGAAGAGGAGGAGGCAGCCAAUCAGAAGCUUGCCUUGCAAAAGGCCAAGGAAGUGGCGGAAGUGAGCCCGCUGUCGGCUGCCAAUCUCUCGAUCGCUGCGAAGGAGCAACAGAAGAACCAGAAACAUGGGAAGACGGUAUGGGAGCAGCGGAUGAGUGAGAUGAGGAAGCAGAAUUUGCUGACCAGCCGGGAGGCCAUUUACAAUGAGCUGGACCCUGACGAGAGGUGGAAGAUGGCCUACUCCAUGAAUAUCCGCCGGGACAUGAAGACCCACAUGGACCGGCCUCUGGUGGUGGAUCCUCAGGAGAACAGAAACAACAACACGAACAAAACCAGGCCUUCGGAGCCCACUGUGGACCAGCGCAGCAGUCAUCAGAGGGCAGAGGAAUUCCUGAGAAAGCAGGCACGCUACCACGACCCCAACAAGGACAGGACUCUUGAGAGGGAGGUGGGAAUGGUGGAGCAGGGUGAGAGGAUCAGGAGGUAUCGUAGCAACAGUAAAGAAGGGGAGCAGAACCGAGACGGAGUGCCAAGGGAUGUGGAGUACCGGCCGAGAGAGCAGGAGGGGAACCAGGAGAGGAAUGUGAGGGAUGGGGACUGUGAACGGAGCCAGGCCAAUGAGCCCACGCACAGGCGGCACCAGCACAGGCCAGGGGGGAGCAAGGAAGGGAGAAGCAGCUCGUCACGGGCUGAGGGCGACCGGGAGCGGCGCCACAGGGCGCACCGGCGCGGUGUGGAGGCCCACGAUGCCGGCGGGAUGGAGGACGGUGUCAAAGGCGAGAGGCGCUCAAAGCACAGGGACGGCACGCGUGGCAGCAGGGAGGGCAAAGACGGAGAGCAUACAGAAGGUGUGGAGAGGCGCAGGCGGAACCGGCACGCUCAAUCCACAUAUGACAACGACGGCAAGAAAGAGAGGGAGGACAAAGACCCAGCGUCAAAGGAGAGGAGGCACCGGCGGAAAAAGGAGAGCCAAGGGAACGCUCCUCCCGCACCUGCAGGCCUCAACUUGUCCACCACACGGCCGGUACAGCAGGACAUCAGCAGGCAGAAUGGACAGCACGCUGAGGAUAUGGACAACCUCCGGAACAGCAAGCUGGCAACACAACCUGUUAAUCCCAGGAACACCAACAACCCCAGGGAUGCAGCCAAUCCCACCAACCCCCCAGACCCCUCCAGUCUUAAUAACUCUGGAAAAAUCGGAAACCACACUAACCCUCCUAAUCCCAGUAACCCCUCCAAUCCACUCAGCACGGCCAAUCGCAAGGCCCCCACCACUACGCCUGGAAAUCCGACCAAUCCCGGAAACCCCAAAAAUCCAGAGAAUAACCUUAUCCUGACCAACCCAACCAGUCCCAACAAUCCAACGAAGGCCAUCCAGAAGCCCGAUCACACAACUAUAAACAUCCCAUUCGCUGACCCUACUCUACAAGUGAAUAAGAAUGCAAACACAGAUGCCGUGCCCACAAAGGAAGAGGAAAAGAAAGAAGAGGAGGGGGUGAAAGCUGAUGACGAUGACGGUCCAAAACCAAUGCCACCCUACAGCUCCAUGUUCAUCCUGAGCACCACCAACCCACUGCGCAGAGCGUGUCAUUACAUCGUGACCCUCCGCUACUUUGAGAUGUGCAUCCUGAUGGUCAUCGCCAUGAGCAGCAUCACGCUGGCCGCAGAAGAUCCCGUCCAGCCCAACGCCACCAGGAACAAUGUUUUGAGAUACUUUGACUAUGUCUUCACAGGAGUCUUUACUUUUGAGAUGGUGAUUAAGAUGAUUGACCUUGGCUUGGUCCUGCAUCAGGGUGCAUACUUCAGAGAUCUCUGGAACAUUCUGGACUUCAUCGUUGUCAGUGGGGCACUGGUGGCUUUUGCAUUCACUGGUAGCAAGGGGAAAGAUCUGAAUACCAUCAAGUCUCUGAGAGUUCUUCGGGUACUGCGGCCUCUGAAGACCAUCAAAAGGCUGCCCAAGCUCAAGGCUGUCUUUGACUGCGUCGUGAACUCCCUGAAGAACGUCCUCAACAUCCUGAUCGUCUAUAUGCUCUUCAUGUUCAUCUUCGCGGUGGUGGCAGUGCAACUCUUCAAAGGCAGGUUUUUCUACUGCACUGACGAAUCCAAAGAGUUUGAGCGGGACUGCAGAGGGCAGUACCUGGUGUAUAUGAGGGAGAGUGAUAUUAAGGCACAGAAAAGAGAGUGGAAACGAUACGAGUUUCAUUAUGAUAACGUGCUCUGGGCUUUACUCACCCUCUUCACUGUAUCAACCGGAGAGGGCUGGCCAGAUGUGCUGAAGCACUCGGUGGAUGCAACCUAUGAGAACCAAGGACCCAGCCCUGGCUACAGGAUGGAGAUGUCCAUUUUUUAUGUUGUAUAUUUUGUGGUCUUCCCUUUCUUCUUUGUGAACAUCUUUGUGGCCUUGAUCAUCAUCACAUUUCAAGAACAGGGGGACAAAAUGAUGGAGGACUGCAGCUUGGAGAAAAAUGAGAGAGCCUGCAUCGAUUUUGCUAUAAGUGCCAAACCCUUGACACGACACAUGCCACAGAACAAGCAGACGUUCCAGUACAAGAUGUGGCAGUUUGUGGUGUCACCUCCAUUUGAGUACACAAUCAUGGCCAUGAUUGCUCUCAACACUGUGGUGCUAAUGAUGAAGUUUUCCGAUCAACCACAGUCUUACGAUGAUGUGCUCAAGUAUCUCAAUAUGGUGUUCACCAUUUUGUUUUCAUGUGAAUGUAUUCUGAAGAUUAUUGCCUUUGGAAUUCUGAACUAUUUUCAGGAUGCUUGGAAUAUAUUUGAUUUUGUCACAGUCCUGGGCAGUGUCACUGAUAUUUUAGUGACAGAGUUUUGGAAAAACAUUAUCAAUCUGAGCUUCUUGCGGCUAUUCCGCGCUGCUCGGCUCAUCAAGCUCCUGAGGCAGGGUUACACCAUCCGUAUCUUGCUGUGGACGUUCGUUCAGUCUUUCAAGGCUUUGCCUUACGUCUGUCUACUAAUCGCAAUGCUGUUCUUCAUUUAUGCCAUCAUUGGAAUGCAGGUGUUUGGAAAUAUUGCUGUGGACGAUGAUGAAGAUAGUGAGAUCAACCAUCACAACAACUUCAGGACAUUCCUCCAGGCCUUGAUCCUUCUUUUCCGGAGUGCGACAGGAGAGGCGUGGCACAGCAUCAUGUUAUCAUGCUUGGGUGGCAAACCAUGCGACCCUCGAUCCGGAAUUGUAGGGAACGAGUGUGGCAACGAAUUUGCCUAUUUCUACUUCGUCUCCUUUAUUUUUCUCUGCUCUUUCCUGAUGUUGAACCUUUUUGUUGCUGUCAUCAUGGACAACUUUGAAUAUUUGACAAGGGAUUCAUCCAUCCUGGGCCCCCAUCACCUGGAUGAGUAUGUCAGGGUCUGGGCUGAAUACGACCCAGCUGCCCGCGGCCGCAUUCAUUAUAAGGAUAUGUACAGUUUAUUGCGUGUAAUCUCACCCCCUCUGGGCUUAGGCAAGAAAUGUCCUCAUAGGGUGGCCUGCAAGAGGCUCUUGCGAAUGGACUUGCCAGUUGCCGAGGACAACAGCGUGCAUUUCAACUCCACUCUCAUGGCUUUGAUUAGAACAGCCUUGGACAUCAAAAUAGCUAAAGGAGGGGCUGACAAGCACCAAAUGGACCGGGAGUUGAGGAAGGAGAUGAUGUCCAUUUGGCCAAAUCUCUCCCAGAAGACAAUUGACCUGCUAGUGACACCUCAUAAAUCUACGGAUCUCACGGUAGGGAAGAUCUAUGCGGCCAUGAUGAUCAUGGAAUACUACCGGCAGAGCAAAGCUAAAAAGCUACAGCUACUCCAUGAGGAGCAGAAUCGAACGCCAUUACUAUUUCAGCGCAUGGAGCCACCGUCACCUACCCAGGAGAUGGAUCCAGGGCAGAGCACUUUGCCGGAGCAGCAGCAUCUAUCUGGGAAUGCCCUACCACAGGAUGGGAUUAUGAAGGAAAGUCAAUCUUGGGUCACAGAUCGAGCUCAAAAAAUGUUUCAGCAGACGGGGGCUUGGAGUCCUGAAAGAGGUCGAUCUGAGGAGAUAGAAGACACUCGGCCAAACUCUCAGGCUGUGGAGAUGCAAGAAAUGGGGAGGGACGCCUACUCGGACAGCGAUCAUUAUCUCCCGAUGGAAGGCCAAAGUCGAGCAUCCUCCAUGCCACGACUACCAGCAGGGAACCAAACCAUCGAAGACACCAGCCCAAUCAAGAGAUCAGCAUCCACACUGGGCCAUCAGCGCUCCAAGGGCAUACGACUAGAUGACUACUCACUAGAGCGGGUCAUCCCCGAGGAGUCACAAAGGACCCAUCGCCGCAGGGAGAGGGGACACAGGACAUCAGAAAGGUCGCUAAGUCGAUACACGGAUGCCGACACAGCUUUUAUUGAUAUAGGGCUUGGAACAGACCUCAGUACUACAACACAGUCAGGUGACCUCCCUCCAAAGGAGAAGGAUCGGGAGCGAGGAAGGCCCAAAGACAGAAAGCACCAUCAUCACCACCACCACCACCACCACCACACGUCAUCCGACAAGGAGCGUUAUUCACAGGAACGGCAUGAGUACAGCAGACCUCGAUCGAGGGACAGGCGGUGGUCCCGAUCUCCUAGUGCAGGCCGCGAGUGUGUUCCCCAUAGACAGGGCAGUAGUUCUGUGAGUGGGAGUCCAGUUCCUUCCACUUCUGGUACCAGCACACCGAGGAGGGGACGCAGGCAACUCCCCCAGACUCCCUCCACGCCCAGGCCGCAUGUCACCUACUCCCCCGUGGUCCGCAAGGCCAUGAACACAUCGCAGCAGCAGGGUAGGACACCGACCCCUGUGCCACGCCGGUACUCACCCCCGGCCCCGGAGCACCCACGGGGCGAGAGGCACAGCAGCAGCAGGUCCCCCGGCACGGAGAGAGGCACCGUCCCGCGCAAUGGCUCCCCCCGACUGCAUCGCCAGAGCAGCGGCCAGUGGUCCACCCCCAGCUCCCACCUCUCUGAGCCUUACCUGGGAUGCCACGACGAGGACUAUUACCGCGGCCCCGACUACGACGGCACGCCGAGGGAGGAGACUCUGACCUUCGAGGUGGCCGUAGCGACGAGCUCCGGGAGGUCGCCGAGGACUUGUCGGGCGCCAUCCUCCUCCUCCGUGUCCCUCCCGAGGCACGGGCGCCGGGUACCCAACGGGUACUACCACAACCUGGGGCCCACGAAAACGAGAGGGCCCGGCGCAAGGAAAGGGAUGCACGAACCCUACAGUGAGACCGACGAGGACGACUGGUGCUAGCCCCACCCUCACACCCCGCCACCUCCUCCCUCCCAUCCCCUCGACACCUCCAUACUUCUUACAUUGCCAAGCGAGCCGGAGGAGCGAGAGUCUCUGGGCCUCCUGAGGAGCUCUAGCCUUCCAAACAUUAUAACAAAAAAAAAAUCAAUCAAGGGAAAAAAAUAAAUCUUCACAGGGAAUGUGGGGAGGGUUUGCGCGUCGAGGAAUCAAAAUGGCGGCGGUCUAGUUGCGUGCUUAGCACAAUUGAGCGGGAAAAAGAAAAACCCGUGAAAGUACUUUCUGGCGAAGCUGUUGGGGGUUUUAUUGAUGAGUUUUAUCAUCCAUUACCUGCUAAUAUGUUAUUGGUAUUGUUUUGGCCGUGUGUUGUGUUGGGGGGGGCGCGCAGGUUUGCCGUGCCCCCCCGGCAGCCUCAGAGAAGCGGUUGCUAAGCAACGGUGAUCGCCCUGCGAUGCGGGGAGCCUGGCUUCAGCUUGGAAGUUGUGCUGUUAUGCCUCAUCAGAACGGCUCAUCACAGCAUGGAUUCCUCUCUCUCACUCUCUCUAUAAAGAGCAU